AGCCCGCCUCCGGGGCUUUGCUAUUGGCCGAGGGGAGGCCUUCCGGUGCUCCCCUUCCGUCGCUGGCUGCGGUGGACUCGAGUGUCCGGGGUCGGUGAAGGAUCCAAGAUGGCCGGGCGCAAGCUUGCUCUAAAAGCCAUAGACUGGGUAGCUUUUGGGGAGAUCAUACCCCGAAACCAGAAGGCUAUCGCUAACUCCCUGAAGUCCUGGAAUGAGAGCCUCAGCUCCAGGUUGGCCACUCUUCCCGAGAACCCGCCAGCCAUCGACUGGGCCUACUACAAGGCCAACGUGGCCAAGGCGGGCUUGGUGGACGACUUUGAGAAGAAGUUCAGCGCCCUGAAGGUUCCCAUGCCCGAGGACAAAUACACCGCGCAGGUGGACGCGGAGGAGAAGGAAGACGUGCGAAGCUGUGCGGAGUUCGUGUCUCUCUCCAAGGCCAGGAUUGCGGAGUAUGAAAAACAGCUGGAGAAGAUGAGGAACAUUAUCCCCUUCGACCAGAUGACCAUCGAGGACUUGAACGAAGCCUUCCCAGAAACCAAGUUAGACAAGAAGAAGUAUCCGUACUGGCCCCACCAGCCGAUCGAGAACUUGUAAGCCCGAGUCGGAGCGAGCUCUGCACAGUGUGCAGUCGAAUAAAGCGUACUCAGUGUGCUGU